GUAACAAAUACACCAUGGGGUGAAAGGGUGUCAUUUAUUUUCAACCCAGACUCAGAUUUAGUGGCAAAACCAUUACAUGUCAGUCCUUUUAUGGAUAUGCUUGGAAACUGGAAAAUGAAAGCAAAUGAACCUGGGGCUAAUAUCUUCAUAACAAUUUCAGUUCAACAUCCCAAUCUUGGUGACUAUUUCACAGCUACUUUAACAGCCCAGCGCAUCUCUUCUUCUAUGGUGAAUGAUCUGGAAAUGUUCUUCUGGUUGAUGCCUCAAAAAGUUGCUCUGUGGAUAUACUGGCACGCUCUCAAGCUCUGGUGGAAAAAUGUUCCAUUCAUACAACAUCCACGAUAUACCAAUCCAUCAUAUAGAGAGGAAGCUUCCAUCCGAAACCGGAAACUUCAAUUCUGUCAGAUUAGUGGACAGGAUGAUAACAGUCAUCUGAACUUUGAUAGCAGUUACUCUAGUAUUAUGAAUCAGAGUAGCAUCAAGGAUCGUUGGUGUGUUUGGAGAGAUGCUCAAUGGCCGUGGGGAUAAAGACGUUGUUAUCAAUUACUCCAUUGGGUUUCAUUUUGUAAGAUCUGUAACUUUUCAUCUAUUUCCAAUAGUAAUAUCUUACGGGGACAAAAUGAAGUGACAAAAAGAUAUUUUUGCUGUUCUUGGAUUCAAACAUCUUCAUGUUUCCUAUUAAGAUAUUAGCUUGACUUAAUUUCGAAUUCUUUCAAGUCUACUGUGUCCUUGACAAUCCUACAAAUUGCAUUAUCCCUGAAGAUAAUUGGAAUGAAAUUCUUGUGACUGUUAUUUCCUCUGAAA